AUGCGUCUUCAGAGCAUUUCUGAUUCGGAGGAGCGUGACGAGGUGGCUGCAUUUGCCGAUUGGAUUGCGAGUAUCGGAGAUGGUAUUAUAGGAGGAUCAAAUGAUGGUUGUGCCGCCAUUGAAAUUCCAGACGAUAUAAGAUUGGAUCCCUCAGAUGAUCCGAUUGCUACGAUUGUAGAAAGUACCUAUCCAAUGUUCAAGAACGCAACUGACGAUCCCAGUUAUUUGAAGGAUAGGGCAAUAUUAGCUCCCACGUUGGAGAUUGUUGAGUCCAUCAACCAAUACAUGUCCGACUUGAAUUCUUCUGAAGGUCGUACGUAUUUGAGCUCUGACAGUACUUGCUGGCCUUCAGCCACUUUCUCCAUCGUCUUCUGGCUAACCUCACCAGCAGCCUUAGUAACCCUGCUGAAAGCCCCGGUAACCCAUGAAGCUCCGGUUAAAACAUAUCGGGUUUUUCAUAAUGGCUGA